AAGCUGGGCAUUUUUAAGAUGGGUAGUUUUUAAAUGUAGAGAUAACAGUUAAUUUUAACUGAUCAUAUAUUUUACAUAUAAAAUAUUGAUCUGAAAAUAAACUAGUAACAAUAGCUGUUAAAAAGUAAAUGCAGUGGAAAAAGUACAAUAUUCCCUCUGAAAUGUAGAGGAGUGGAAGUGUAAAGUAAUAGAAAAUGCCAUGAUAAUACUCUAAAUUGUACUAAAGUACAGUUUUCUUGCUUAUCAAAACAUCAUCAGCAAUAUUUAGCUGUUAAUGUAUAACAAAACAGUCACAAACAAUAACUCAUUGUUCGCUGCUGCCGAGUCAAGAGAUAAACAGCGGCAGUGGUGUUACACCGUAUUCUGCUAUACAAAUCUGCUACACUUUCAACAGUGGAAAACCAGACUUUUAAAUAUUACAUUUUGUGAAUGCAGGGCGUGCAGGGGGGCUCUGUAGCACCCCCAUUUUCACCUACAGUCACCAAAAUUGGUAUAUAUAUAGUUCUCAUCAAGCCGAACAACUUUCAUACUUACAGUCAUUAGCUCCGCCCAACAGGAAAUCGUCCAUUUUGGAUUUUCUGAAAAUUGCAGGCUCUGAACUUUUAAAUACUUCUCCUAGGGGAUUUGUGUGACUGGCACCAAAUUUGUGCAACAUCAUGCAAAGACAUUAUAGAUGCUAAAUUGCGAAUGGAUUUUUGAUAUUUUGAAUGGUGUCGCCAUGGCGAAGCAAUACAUUUAUAGCGGAAAAUGGCAAACAGAAAGUGCCUUAUAUCUUCUGUGUGCAUUGUGUGAUUUUGAUGAAAAUUCAGCUAUAUGUUUAGUAAUGGGGGCUGAUCACAUGGAUUUGACUAUUUUGGGUCACGGUCAUAGUGCCACCACCUGGCAGCAGGAAGUGUGGGUCUUACAACAGACUUCAAAAUAGUCCUCUUAUAUUUACUCAAAUUGCUUCAAAAUUGUUUAGAAUAAUGCCAAAUGCACGUGUCCACCUUGCAUCGUUUUCCAAAAGCCACUGGGUGGAAAUGGACCAGUUGUGCUUGGGCCAAGUCAUCGCUACUUGCAGCUAUAUUUUAAUAUUUGUACUUUACUUGAGUAUAAAUAUUUCUUUGGACUUUUACUUCACUACAUUUUGAAGAGGAAAUUAAUACUUUUAUUCCAGACACUUUCAUUACUUUUGCAACUGAACACAGCAAAAAAUAACAUAGCUGUAUGUGUAAAUCCCAUGCGGAGCAGCUAUAGUGAUGUCUGAUGUCUGAAAGAAUUGUUUGAGUCGAAUCUUUAACAUUUGAUUCCUUUGAACCGAUCAAAAAGAUUCAAAAAAACGGUUUGAAUGAUUUGUUUCGUGAAUCAUGAAUUUGAAUUAAAAUCACAAGCGAAGCACGUGCCAGACAGUGUGUGUUCCGUCGUCUCCACUGGGGAAGACAAGAAACUGCUCAUAUCUGAUGGAGCUGAAAGAGGAAAGUCAAGACAUGGAUGAAGUGGAGGAGAAACAUCAGUGUCAGAAACCUGAUCAUUUCAAAUCAGAAGAACAACAUUAUAAUUGCUCACAAUCUGGAAAGAAAUUCUCAAAAAAAAGAACUCAUACAAGUGCCAAAAAAAAAUGUCUUACCUGCUCUCAGUGUGGAAAGACUUUCAUUCAUAAAGGAAACCUUAAUCGUCAUAUGAGAAUUCACACUGAAGAGAAGCAUUUCACAUGCCCACAGUGUGGAAUGAGUUUUACUUGCAAAAGAAACCUUCAGGUUCACCAAAGAACUCACACUGGAGAGAAGCCUUUCACAUGUGAUCAGUGUGGAAAGAGUUUCAAGAGAAAAGGAAACCUUAAGAGUCACAUAAGAAUUCACACUGGAGAGAAGCCUUUCACAUGCCAUCUGUGUGAAAAACGUUUCAGGAAAAAUGGGUACCUUAAGAAUCACAUGAGAAUUCACACUGGAGAGAAGCCUUUCACAUGUCUCCAUUGUGGGAAGCAUUUCACAGAGAGAAGCAGUCUUAGUAAACACAUAGAAAUUCACACUGGAAAGAGAAGUUUUGUAUGCCAUCAGUGUGGAAAAAGUUUCAAUAAAAAAGGAAACCUUAAAAUUCACACAAGAACUCACUCUGGAGAGAAGCCUUUCACAUGUCAUCAGUGCGGGAUGAGUUUCACAGUUCGAACAGACUUUAUAGUUCAUAUGAAAAUUCAUUUUCUGGAGAAAGGACAUUUAAUUGCUUGUUUGUUAAAUUGAGUACCUUAAAGGUGAGGAAUGUAAUUUCUGUGACUCCAGCAGCACCAAAUGAAUUCAAGCAUCUGUUGCCUGCACCCCUUUCACCAGACAGAGUGGUAGAGCAAUUGGGUCGGAUAACAUCGCCAGAUUGAAUGCGUGGAUGUGUUGUAUACACUGAAAAAACUUUAGAUUUACAUUGUCUACUGUAAAUUUGUAGUACAUUUCUGGUGAAUUUGCUGCCAGUACUAUUAUUCAGAAUCAUUACAGUACAGUUCUGGCAUCCAGAUUGCACAGUAUGUUGCUGGCAGCAGUUUCACCAGUAAGGAUUUAUAUAUAUACACACUGUUUUCAAAUUUGUUAUAAAUUUCAGUUUAGUUUUGGUUCGUUUCUUUAAUGGUUUUGUUAGUUUUAAUGUAGUUUUUAUUUUGAGAACACAUUUCUAUUUUGCUUUGUACAGUCCUGGGUGUUGAUGCUAUUUAUGUCUAGAAAAGGUGCAAUAAAUUACUUGAGCCCUGAAUUGAGCUUUAUAGAAGGGCCUUUUUUUUUUUGCCUCUUCUCACCAGCACCUGGAUCUGCUCUUUUGUUUUCUUCUUGGAUUAUUAUGAUAUUUUAUUGUUAAUAAAUAAUAAACACCUUUCUCAUUUGUA